AAAGCUGGCUGCUAGCUGUGACGUGACAUCAACAGGGAAGUUACAGGACAGAUUUGUUUAACAUGCUUUCAUUUACUUCUUAGAGCAGUGAUGACAUGACAUUAACACCAAAAAGUGAGUCACAUAUGUAAUUGCUGCUGGGAGCUGUCGGGAUCUAUAUAAGGGAUUUUAGCUGUGGUCUUGGGAGACAGAAGCUCAAACCCUUCCUGCUGCAGCAAGUCUCCUUGGYGAGAUGGGCACCCUGCACUACCUCCUGCUUUGUGCUGCCAUCUUCCUACCUGAGACUUCUGCUCUUCCAGUACCGCUGAGACCAGAAUCAUGGACCAGCAUAGACCUUGAGAAAGUAAAGGGAUAUCUUGAUAAAUUCUUCCCAAUUCUUGCAAAAGCACAAAACCUAAGCAUAGAAGAGAGGAUUAAAGAAAUGCAGAGGUUUUUCCAYCUGACUGUAACUGGAAAAUUAAAUGCAGAAACAGAAGAAAUACUGAAACUUCCUAGAUGUGGAUUGCCUGAUAUAGCAGAAUACCAAACAUUUCCUGGAACUCCAARAUGGAAAAAGACACAUUUGACUUACAAGAUUGCCAGCUAUACAUCUGAUUUACCCAGAAGGAAAGUGGAUGAUGCAAUUAAAAGGGCCUUGAUGGUAUGGAGUGAUGUGACUCCACUGCACUUCCGAAGAGUCUUCUUGGGCCAGGCAGACAUCGAGAUUAGAUUUGCACGUCGUGAGCAUGGUGAUGGAUAUCCUUUUGAUGGAAGAGGAAGCACGCUGGCUCAUGCUUUUGCACCUGGAGCCGGGAUUGGUGGAGAUGCUCAUUUUGAUGAUGAUGAAAAAUGGUCAGAUGUUGAUGAAGAUAUCAAUUUGUUCCUUGUUGCUGCUCAUGAAUUUGGCCAUUCUUUGGGACUUGCUCAUUCAAAUGUCCGUGGAGCUCUGAUGUACCCUCUCUACUCAUAUGAGAACCCAGAAAAGUUCAGACUUCCAGCAGACGACAGGCGAGGAAUUCAGAAGUUAUACGGGAAAAAGUCAUCCAACUCUUGAAGAAAGUGCUUAAYGAAGACCAAAUAAUUCACAUGUGAUUGUUUUGGUGUUCCAAAACAAUUUUAGUCCUCUGGCUAAUUAAGAUGGCAAACUCCUGGGCUGCACUUUCUCUCCCUGAAUUUUUGUAUCCAUUUAUUUGCACUUUACACAAUUUCACUAAACAAUAAUAAUAAA